AUGGAAUCACCUAGUCACAGCCUCUGUUUGGAUAUGCGCACAACUAAUAGAAUUGGGAUCAAUGAGCAGUGGAUCAAAAAAGGAUGCAUGGUUCUAAAAGGGAUUUUACUUGCAGGACACGAGGGUUGUGAGAGGCUAGCAAUUGUUGGGUUGCUAACAAAUACAAUGGUUUACUUAAGAACAAAAUACAACAUGGACAUUGUUGCUAUAAUAAAAAUGUUCAAUAUCUUUUCUGGUACAACAAGUCUUGCAACUCUAGGUGGAGCCUUUCUUGCAGAUUCCUACAUCGGUCGAUUUUUAACAAUACUCGUUGCUUCCUUUUCAUAUUUAAUUGGAAUGACUCUUUGGACUGUCACAGCUCUAGUCCCCUCACUGCGACCUCCUCACUGUAGUGACGCGGAGGCAAAGUUAAGAGAAUGCAUUAGUGCCUCAAAAGUACAGAUGUUUUUUGUUGUGAUGGCACUUAUUUUCCUUUCCAUUGGAUCAGCCGGAAUAAGACCCUGUGCCCUGGCAUUCGGUGCAGACCAGUUUGAAAAAGGAGGAAAAAAAAAAACCCAACAAGAGAAAAGCCUUCAGAGUUUCUUUAAUUGGUAUUGGUUUGCAAACUGCACAAUCAUUCUGUUGGGCAGUACUGUUAUUGUUUACCUUCAGAGCAACGUGAGUUGGGGCUUGGGCUUUGGUGUCUGUACUCUUCUCAUGCUCAUUUCAAUAAUUGCCUUCAUUGUUGGGAUGCCCAUUUUCUACUAUGAAAUUCCACAGGGCAGUCCUUUCACAGCUAUAGCACAGCUGAUUGUGGCAUCCAUCAAGAAGAGGGACUUAUCUCUGCCCUCUGAUCCAGCACUGCUUUAUUAUGACCAGGCCAGCCCCAAGAUCCCUGUUACACCCAGAUUCAGGUUCCUGGAAAAGGCCGCCAUACCCACAGAAGGAGACAUGAAAGCGGACGGUUCCGUGGCUCGACCAUGGAACGUCUCAUCCAUCCACAAAGUAGAAGAUCUGAAAGUCCUCAUUGCAAUUCUACCCAUGUUCUCUUGCUUAAUCGGCAAUGCAAUUACAGGCGGGCAACAAUCAACAUAUGCAGUUUUUCAAGCCCUCACAAUGAACAGACACAUGGGCUCCUCCAAAUUCAAAGUGCCUGCAGCUUCCAUGAGUAUUUUCUCACUGUUAGCAUCCAUCAUGUGGAUCCCACUCUACGACAGAGUAAUGGUGCCACUUAUCAGGCGGGUAACAAAACAAGUGAGGGGAAUAACUUCACUUCAGAGAAUGGGAAUUGGCUACAUUAUUUCCUCCCUCUCCUUGUUGGUAGCCGGUUUUGUUGAAGUGAAGAGAAGGAAUGUGGCCAAAAGCCACGGGCUUACCGAUGACCCAUUGGCUGUAGUUCCAAUUUCUGUGUUUUGGCUUGUUCCUCAGUUUUUUAUAGUGGGGCUAGCCAAUUGCUUUCAUGCUGUGGGUUAUUUGGAUUUCUUCUAUAAUGAGUUUCCAAGCAAUCUACGUAGCACAGCUUUGGCGCUGGCGUCUUGCAUGUAUGCAUUGGGGGACUAUUUGACCGCCAUUCUUAUUACACUGGUUCACAAAACUACGGGUGGUCAUGGGAAGCCCAGUUGGCUUGACAGUAACAUUAACCUUGGCCGACUGGAUUAUUUCUACUGGCUCUUGUCUGCCAUGGAGGCUUUGAAUGUGGUAUAUUUCUUUUUCUGCGCAUCUCGGUAUAGUUAUAGAGAAAUUCCUGUGCCUGAUGGCACGUCUGAGGUUCCAGAGAUGACUUCUAUGGAAAUUGAAAUGUAA